AUGGCUAGUUGGCUAAAAAAUAUUCAUGGCCAUAUUCAAGAAUUUGCUCAAGAUGUUCUUAAUGAAGCUGUUGUAGAUAAUGUUGACGCAGAGGCUGAAUUAACGGUUUUGAAGCAGAAACUAAUUGAUGCAGAAUUACGAUUAUCUUCGGAACAAGUGAAGAUUGCUCAAUUAGAAGCUAAAUUAAUUGGAUUAAGUGAUCAGGCUAAUGCUAGUGAAGAUAGCAGUGAAAAUAUAAAAGCUAAAUAUAAAAGUAUUUUAUCACUAAAAGAAAAAGAAAUUUUAAAUUUAAAAAAUGAAAAUGAAAAGUUAAAGGAAGAAUUACUUGUUAUGGAACCUUUACCUGAUUUUAAAGAAAAAGGUAAUACUAGUAAUAGUAGUAUUGUACAGGAUUUAAAAAAUAAAUUAAGUAAAUGUAAAAAAGAGUUAGCAGAGGCAAAAAAAAUUAUUAAUUCCAAAGAUAAUCGUGAAAACAUGAUUACAAAACAAGAGUUAGAAGAUAAAAUAAGAGAGAUGAAAGAAUUGCACAAUUCAGAAAUUGCUGCUUUAAUGGCAAACCAUGAAGAAAACUUAAAAAAUUUUAAAAAUGAAUAUGAAGAAAUGUUAGGAAAUAAUAGUAGUAUAAAUAAUGACAAUAAAUAUGAAGAGAAAAUACAUGAAUUGGAAGAGAAAGUUAAAGCUUUUGAAAAUCAACAAUUUAAAAUUGGUGAUGUAACGAAUGAUAAUGAACAAAUUGAUUCACUUGAAAAGGAUAAUGAAAAUUUAUCACAUAGAAUAUUAGAAUUAAAAAAAGAACUAGAUGAGAAAGAAAAAGUAAUUCAAGAUUUAAGUAAUGACAAUGAAGUACAACAAACUGCUUUAGAAGCAAUGAAAAAACAUUUAGAAAAUGUUAACAAGAAGUCUUUAGAUAAUGCUAAAGAAUUAAAAGAUUCAUUAGAAAAAGAUCUUUUAGGUAAAGAAGCCGAAAAUAAAAAAUUGUUAGCAGAAGUUCAAGAAAGUGUACAAGCCAAACAUUUAAUUGAGGAAAAAAUGAAUAAAAUGAAAGAAAUACAUACAUCCGAGUUAGAUGAUAUGAAUAAACGUAUUCAAGAAUUAUUAAGUAGACUUGAAUCAAGUGAGAAAAUUAUUGGAGAAGCUACAAGUAAAUUUGAUAGUGAAAAGAAUUCUGAAGAAAUGAUUGAAAAAAAAGAGUAUGACAUUUUAUUGGAAAAAUAUAAUAAUAUUUUAUUGAACUAUGAACAGGUGCAACGUGUUGGUGCUGAAGAGAAUGAAAAAACAAAUGAGUUACAUUCAAGAUGUGAUAAGUUAAAUGCAAGCCUUCUUUUGUUCAAGGCAAAUGGGCAAAAACAAGAAGAAGAAAAUAAAAAAUUGCUUCAAAAGUUGAAUGAUCUUAGUAAAGAAUUUGAUGUUCUUAGGAAUGGACUUGAGCGAACAAAAGAAGUUCAUCGUGUAGAAAACCUAAGGUGGCUAGAAGAAAAGGAUGAUUUACUAAAGAAGCUUGAGAGUGCAACCAAAUUCAAUUUGAAGGAGAGUGAAGAUGAGAUAGCAGAAUUAAAGGAAAAAUUAAAAACUGCUCAAGAAGAGGUUGAAAAUCUUAAACGUAAUAGAAUGUCUCCAAUAAAUCAUGCAAAGGAUAGUGAUGGUGAAUCAAAUAAUGGAUGGAGAAGAUUGGGAGAUGACCACCAUGAAAUAAUGAGCGUUAAGACUGGAUCUGAAGUUGAAAGUACUGAGGUUAACGAUAUUGAAGGAAUCGUUGCUGCUAUGAAUGUUGAGCUUCAAGAACAAAAAAUAAUUAACAAUGAUUUACAAUUAAAAGUAAUUGAUCUAGAAAGAAUUAUAUCUGAAAAAGAUAAAGAAAUGAAUGAAAAAGAUGAGACACAUAAUGUUGAGAUUGAAGCAUCUAAUGAUGAACUUAUAAAAUGGAAAGAUUUAGCUGAAGAUUUAAGAGCAAAAUAUGAAGAAGCUAAAAAUUAUGAAAAUGAGUUGAUUGAAAGAUUAAACAAAUUUGAAAACAAUACAGAGGAGAACUCAGAUCUUGUAGCAGCAAAGAAUGAUGUUGAAAAUAUGAAGAAAAGAUUAUCUGAACUAGAGGAAGAGAAAAUGAAAAUUCUUGACAAUGAAAGUGAAUUAAAACAAGAGGUUGAAUUAUUAAAAGAAGAAUUGGAAGAAAUGAGGAGGAAAAAUCAAGGAAAUCAAGAGGGUUUCAAGACUGAAAAAGAAAUUAUUGAGAGAAACUUGAGCGAAAGUAUGAAGAAGAUUAUUGACCUUGAAAACUUUUUAGCUGCAAAACACCAAGAAAGCCAAAAUUAUUAUAAUAAAAUUCAGGAACUUGUUCAAGAGUUAUCGAAUAAAGAUGAAGAAAUUAAGAGACAAGAAAAACUUUAUGAGGGAUUACACACUCAAAUGUGUUAUUUAGAAGAAGAGAAAUGUAAAUAUCAGUCAGAGGUUGGACGUCUCAAAGAUCAUUUAAUGGUUAUUGAGGAACAAACAACUGCUGAUCAAAUUGCUGCAGAAGAUCGAGAAACAGAAUUGAGGAAGAGAAUAAAUGAACUAGAAAGAAUUAAAUCAGAAAGUACAGAUUUUGCUGCUGAGUUUAAAGAUGAAUUUAAUAGAAAAAUCAAUGAUUUGACAACAGAAAUAGAAAUGUUAAAAGAACAUAAAAAUAUUUUAGAAAAUGAGUUACUUGGUAAAAGUGGAGAAAUAGAAGCUGCUAAUGUUAAUUUGAGAACUCUUCAAAAUGCUCUUCAAGAUUUAACAGAAGAUCAAUUAAUGGAAACAAAAAAAUAUAAAGAUCAAAUAAAUUUGUUAGAAAUUGAAAUAAACAAAUUCCAUCAAACUAUAGAUGAAAUGAAUAUGGUUAAAACAACUUUAGAAUCUGAAAAAGUUGGAUUGAAUGGAAUAAUUUCAGAAUUGAAAAAACAAUUGGAAGAUAGAAAUCAAGAUAUAUCAGAUCUUGAAAUGCAACUACAAGAUAUACAUAAUGAAAGAGAAAAACAAAGUAAUUUAAGUCAUAGAAGUGUUCACAGUAGUCAUGGUGAUCUAGGUGUCUAUAAUGCUCCAUCUACAUAUAAGAUAGAUGACAAUACCUUGAGACAAUUAUUCUUAUCUUACUUUUUGGCUGAAGAAGAUAAAAAACCAGAAAUUGCUGUUUUAUUAAGUUCUAUUUUAAAUUACUCCUUAGAGGAUCGUGAAAAAAUAAAUAUGCAUGCAAUGGCAUUAAACAAUCAAAAACGUGGUUGGAUAGCAUCAAUACUAACAUCACCAAAUAGUUCUUAUUCAACAACGCAAUCUACAACAUCAACAAAUACUUCAUUAACAGAACAAUUUGUUAGAUUCUUGGAAAACGAGUCGAAAAUUAAAAAAAAUUCAAUUGCUAUUACAGAAAUGAGCAAUGAAUUAAAUGAAACACAACUUGACAUGGGUUUCUAG